AUGCUUCAUAUUUCUUAUAUAUGUGUGGUUGAUUCACAUAAAUAAUUAAAUUGGGGAUUUAAAAAAAAUUCAAGAUCAAUGUUUAGUUUGUUAAAAGGCAGAUAAAAAACCAAAAUGUUAUGUUUGGAAGGUAUUAUAUACUAAUUGGACCUAAUUAAUCAUAAAUAAGAUAGUAAAAUAUGGUUGGAAUGCAUCUUCUGGAAUUUCAAAGCCAACGGGGAUUAAGAUUGA